AUGAAAAUCAUGGUGUUACGUGCCCAGCUCCUUCUGCCUGGCAGUGAGAAUGUCGAUGUUAUAGAAGGAGCGUGUGCUGGAGCAGGGAGGCACCUGCGCAAAGCAGACCUGGGCGAGGAGGAGGAGACAGUAGAUUUGGGUAUGAUGGCCAGCCUCUGGUCCUCUGUCCUCGGCCCCUCUAACCCUGGGAGUUUCUGCACAUCAUUUUGCCCAGAUUUUCAGCAAGUGUUCUGUGGUGAACUGAAAAGCUUAGCACAGGUAGUGGACUUCUUGGCACUCAACAAAUUCAUCAAGAACGACAGGCCAAGCACCAUCAUCAUCUUAGUUACCAAGAGCAGCAAGGAUUGUUCUAUGUGA